AUGGAGAUCAAUGUCGAAAACGGGCAGCCCAAAGAAACCCACGAACAAGAACACGAACUCGAAACGACCCCAUUGCUCGUCAACAAGAACCUUCCGGAAGUCGAGAGGAGCCUUGUCCAGCAAGCAAUCAGCCAAACUUUCCAAAGCACCGCCCAUUUAGCUAACCUCCUCCCCACGGGAUCGGUACUUGCUUUCCAACUCCUCUCACCCAUAUUCUCCAACCAAGGGGAAUGCGACCCGGUGGGUCGGGCCCUAACAGCCGGGCUCAUGGGCCUUUGUGGGCUUUCGGUUAUCCUAUUUAGCUUCACCGACAGCUUCAAGGACCAAAAGGGAAAUGUUGUGUACGGUUUCGCCACUUUACGUGGGCUUUGGAUCAUUGACGGCUCGGCUACUCUGCCUCCCGAGACAGCCGCUAAGUACCGGGUGAAAUUUAUAGAUGUUGUGCAUGCUUUGAUGUCGAUAUUUGUGUUCGGGGCGAUCGCGCUUUUUGACGAGAAUGUGGUGAGGUGUUUUUACCCGGAGCCAUCGGCUGGGACUAAGGAAGUGCUCACGGCAUUGCCGAUCGGGAUUGGGGUGGUUUGUAGCAUGUUGUUUGUUGUUUUUCCGACUAAACGGCACGGGAUUGGGUUUCCGGUGACCGAUGGUUGA